CUUUCAGAAAGAAAAAAAAACGCGGUGCAUUACUAUAAAAGGCGCCGUCAGCGCGCCGCUUCUGCGUAGUCGUAGUGAGGUGGCCGCGGAAGUCGAUUCCGCGGUGGUCGCUUCAGCAAGUCGCGGCCGUGUGGACUCGUCAACGCAAUCUUAAGUCGUCGUUGUCGUGUUUUAGUAGGCAGGCGUUUGUGUGUAAGCAGCGGAGUCCGUCGGUCGAGAGGAGGAUGACACGGUUCGAGACUCCAGAGGUCGCCGCGGGGGCUGCACCCCCACGCCACGGACAGCCCCGCAGCCAGACACGUCGUGGUGGCCAACAGCAACAUCCGCAGGGUGGGCGGGGCGACGGGCUACGGCGCCCGGGAAACGCCAAACAUGGCACUGCUGCGCAGGCUAUGGUGCAAUUCUCCACCAGCACCUCCUCUCCCGUCUCCAUUCCCUCGCGUCGCUCGCCCUACCUGAGCUCCACCCCGAGCCCUACCUCACAGUCCCCGCCCGCCCGCUCCCCACAAACCAUCCGCUCCCCUCCCUCCCGCUCGCCCCAAACCGUCCACUCCCCUCCCUCCCGCUCGCCCCAAACCAUGCACUCCCCUCGCUCCUUCGACCCCCGCCGCUCCCCUCCAUCGACGACAAACGAUUUCUGCUCAGCGUCGUCUCCCCGGCAGACCGGCUCUCCGCUCUCCCGCUCGCCCCGCGAAGGCGGCGAUUGGCCUGCUUACGCCGGAGCCAAAUUUAGCGAGCCACCGUCUCCGAGCGUGCUGCCACCGCCCCCCGUGCACUGGGUCUCCAGCACCGCUGGCGGCAGUCGCAAGGGGAGCGACGGCGCCGCCCGCGAAGGCGACGCUGCCGAGGAGCCGGCGCCAAAGAUCUCUCCUGCGAAAUUUUUCGAGGAUGCUGGGGCCAAGUCUCAGAGCGCUGCUACGGCGGCAGCCACGGCGGUGAUUGCUUGCGCGCUGGGCGCGCGUUUUCCGGCAAACGGUUUUGCCGCGUACUUGCCGCCGCCACACGCCGCCACGUACUACAGCGAGAUGACGUCGCAGCUGAAGAUGCUGCUCAAAGUGCAGGCGUAGGAAGGAGGAGACGUGAAGAGCAGAGACCGCGACCGACCAAAUGGAACGAGACGUGUGCCGUUAACGGCCUAUGCUCAAUUUAUUUUGGACUUGGACAGACGACAACAUGUGUGUGUGCGCGUGCAAAAAGGGGUUUCAGGCAACUUGAUCCUUCUGCCUUCUGAAGGAAUGUGUGGGCAUCCCGGCGUGGUGACUAGAUUUUUAAAUGGACUCUUAAUCGUUCAGAAGAUGUUUGAUCACUGUAGACAGGCAGGAGGAUGGCCUUUUUAAGGCACAGAGGGUUGUGCACAACACCUUGUGCUUGCUUCUGAAAAAGUUGGGGCCUUUUAUAUUAUAAGGCAGGGUGUGGGGGGGGUGAAAUGUAAAAAGAGUUGGAGAUGUUUUGCGUUGGAAUCUUGUUUUUAUCCCUUACAAAAUUAGAAGUUGUCACUAACCAAGGUUCACCAGUUGCCAAUCACAAUGUGAUUCUGUCUGUGGCAAUGUUUUAAGUUCUGAUGAAAUCGGCACUAGGAACAUUUCUUAAAUUAUUUUUUAAAAUCUGCAGUCGGGCAACUGGCCUUGGCCUGUACUGUGUGUACAGCUAUGGCAAAGUGUACUUGGCACUGAAAUGUUUACUGCCAGUGUUUUAAUGACUUGCACGGGGGUGUAAUGGGGAGUGGUGUUCUGGGCUUUGAUGCACUGUAAUGCCCAAAAUGACCCAGAUUCAGUUACUGGCCAUGGUGAUAUCUGAAUCUGGUUUUGGGGCCUCCCCUAGGUCAACUCGACCUAAAUUAAGUACCUGGUGUGGUGUUGUAUGCACAUCAGCACCAGGAAGGCAAAAGGGCGUUGGUGGUGCUGGCCACACCACUCCCUUAUGUGCCGUCCCCAGCCUUAGGUGCUCACUGUCUGCACUCGGGCUAAGUUGGGGGCAUCUUUGUGUGCACGUUAUUGGCUUUGCUUGGUGUGUAUGGUAACUGCAAAGCACUGUUGUGCGCGCAUGUGUUAGGAAGUGGUUGUGUGCCAAAGUGACUUCAGCGAAUCUUAACGCUCUCCAAUUGAUGACAAGCACUUGUCCAAGCUGCCCUGUGCGGUAACAGCUUCAACAUACCAAAUCUGGUGGUCCGUUUUCAUCCAAAUUUAUCUGUACAUUUUUGGCUAAAUUGCAAAACGGCAACUUUUGAAAGCUGAAAGGCAGCAACCAAGCGAACCAGUUUUUUUUGAUCCCACGCAAAAUAUCCCGAAAACGUUAUCUCUGUGCAUAAACACGCCGUCCGUUUUACACGAGUAGUAACAACAGCAUUCGACGCGGAAGACUUGUUUAUUUCAAUAGAAGACUGAAGAUGAAUUGGGGGGGGCUGGGGGGGGGAAAUGGAUCGGCUUGGAUCACCAGUGGAACCUUUUUUUCCUGAAGAGUUGGCAUCAAAAUGAAAUCUUCACGUGCUCAACUUUAUCACAAAUAUACUGACUGAAACGUCUUUAAGAGCCCAGGUCAAGUGGGAUGAUGGAUAUGGUGCCACGCCAACUGGUGCCUCGAAACCUAUUAACAAACCUGAAACAUUGCUUGUCAGUGGUUGUACAAGCCACUAUCCUUAAGUUGGCGUUUGCCAGGAAUCGGUGUUGGCUUGUACUUGAAAAUUCUGUCUGGCGGUGCGUUUCUUGUUUUGUUUAUAGUUUACUUCUUACCUUGAUUGUCGGAAGAUCGUGUGGACGUGAAUGCAUUUAAAAAUUUAGGGCCCUCUUGAUUGCCUUGAGCUUUUGAUAUGACGAUUGUUUUCCGAGAUUACAUUAGCUUGAGGCAAACAAUGGUUUUAAAGUCUUAACGCAUUUACAAUAGAAACGGGAUGUUCGCAUGGGCUUUGUGGAAGGCUUUCAUGCAGUUAGAAUGGAACUCUAAAAGGCACGUAUUUGACAAUGACUUUGACUAGUGUUGAUGACCGAGCCUUUAUUGGACGACUUUUUUUUAGUGUACGGUAUGACGUUUAGUUUAAAAGGGGUGUAUGUAGUGUGCGCACAUGUGUACAGACGGGAGCAGAGAAAAAUAUUGAUAUUGUAUAUUUUAAUUUUGAAAUCUAUUUUUGUGGAAGAUAAAAAGUUGGCAGGCUUUUUAAGUCAAUGUGAAGCAGCCGUUUUAAAUGGUCGUGGAUGUGAGCGGCAAAAUUGUUUUUAAGUGAAAUGAAAAUAAGAUUGGAACAUGACGGGGGGGGGGGGGGGAGAGAAAUUGCCACUUCCAUGACCAGAGUCUGCAUUUGCAAAUUGCCAUUUAAAUGCUUUGAAAAGCAUUGGCAGCUUGCGUCCUGGUGACACCAAGUCGACCAGGUUACUGCCAGCCUUGCUCACACCUUGUGUAAAUAUGUUUUUAUUUAUUUUCUUCACAUCUUGCCAAUUGUAAAGUAUUUCACAUGUACAUAAGAUGCAUAUGAAGAAAAUAACUGGGGUUUUUUUUUUUUACAAAAAAGGUGUGGAGCAUUUCAAAAAAGCGGAAAUGUUUUCCUGGAUUUGUGAUGGCCCUUUAACUGAAAAAAAAUGUAAAGGUGCUUAAAUCGAUUUGUCUUAACCCCACGCAAUUGGCCAUAUUUGACACUCAAAAAACUGAACAAUGGAGAUUUUAAGGAACGCUGGUUUGUCAACCAACCCAUAAGCGCACUGCAGAGAUGCCGUAACGUUUCAUCUGCAUACAAUUACAACAGGACUUGACCAGACUUUGAUUUUUUUUAAAAAUCCCAUUUUAGAAAUGAAUGCAAUCAUGAACUCGGCAUUCUAUCACUGUAAAGGUUACUAUCGUGAUUUAAUUUGCACCUUGGUAUCAAAUUGGCUACAAUUGUACAUAUGCCAACCCAAAAAUAUUUUCAUCGAUCACAAGGAGUGUGCAGUAAAAAUUAAAAUCUGAAUUGGAUUCUACUUUAAAAUAGUAAUCAAGUUCUAAGUUUUAAAUCAUGCACGCCCCAUUUGCUUAAUGGGAACAUUUUCCCACAAUUUGGCUUUGUGUACGGGGCAUUGUACAAUUUGCGAUCUGCACAGACAUGGUUAAAUUGAACCUGGGUGCAAUUUUCACACGAAUGCGCACUUGAAAAAAAAUGGAGCCCUGCAAAAAGGCAGUGAGCGUAUUUUUCAAGCAAAUUUCACCCUUAAACUGUGGAAGAAAAAAGAAAAACGAAAAAAAACAAAAAAAAUACUUCUACCUAAUUCCAAAUUUAUUUUUCUUCUCUGGCUUUACUUCUACUGUCUCUACAAAACAUUCGCUCUCCACCAAAUACAUUUACAAACGCGAACUCGCCAACCAUCCAAUCUCAUUACAUUUGCAGCCCAUGGUCAUGUUAAUAAUGUCGCCCCAACUCUCGCCCCAAUGCUUGCGCGCACCGCAUCCGGGGUCUUUAAACGCCAUCAGUCUGACCACUGUCCAUCGCUUCAUCCACUUU